UUCCCCACGAUGAAGUGCGCUGAUAAAUACGACUUGCCACUGCUGGUCGACCGCUGCUUUAACCUCAUCCUCGAUGACCUCAGUGCGAAGGUCGGCGAUACUAAUCGUUACUUGCUGCAUCUUGAAAAUGCGCUUAAGUGGGCUGUCGGUAUCGGAAAUGCCGUGGAAACAUGCCUGCACUUCGUGGACGUGCACAGUGAGGAGGUCUUCAAAUCGGAACUGUUCAUGGAACUGCAACCCAAGACGCUGCAGAUGGUACUGGAGCGCGACACGUUGUUUGCCGAUGAGAGCAUCAUUUACAUGGCCGUGAACAGAUGGGCUGCAGCAGCAUGCACUCGGAACAAAAUGGAUCCUACACCGCAAAACCGGCGCCAGGUAUUAGGAGACAUUUUGUUCCUUAUCAGAUUCCCAUUGAUGACCGUUACCCAACUCGUCGACGGCCCUUUGAAGGAUACGUUGUUAUUGCCAUCAGACUUCAUGGACAUUUGCCGCCACAAAGAAUAUCUCAUGAACCACCCGCUCCGCUUCUCCACGGAACCCCGCCGGUUACCGGUGAUUUGUGUUGGGGAUUGGGAGUUCCAACACAAGGAGGAAGUGUUCGUGAACGAAAUGGACUUCUGGUGUCCUGCGGUAGUAAUCGGAGCUCGUGGAGCGGAAGUCGUCUGUAACACCUUGGAGACUGGCAAAGAAGGCCUGGUUGGUCGACGUCCAGAAACGAUAAUUCGCGCAGCCGACUAUUUAGAAUACUACGACCCCAUCCUUCACGGAAGUCGUGGCUUCCAUGAAGAAGCCACGUAUAUCAAAAUGGAGGAUGCCCAGCAUAUCAUCCUAGUGGCGGGCAUAAAACGUCAAGUUCAGUUCAGUGAGAUUCUACUGAAACAUACGCAGACAACAGCGUGGAUAAGCACUAUGGCGAAGGAUAACAGGAAGGUUCACAUCGUUCCCAUGCGGAAGCGUAGAUUGAGUUGCGCUGGAAUGGUUUGA